AGAUAGAAAACAUUAAUGCUCCUAUUAUUAAUACUCCUAUUAAUAAUUUACCAGCAAGCAGUACCCGAAAGGCUACUUUCUACUUUUUCUCAAUUCGAAUCACUCCACUCGACACACUCUCUUUCCCCAAAGCCCUGAACCCCUUCACAGGACAAUCUAAACCCUUUUCCUCCUCCUCCAUCCCGGGCCGCCACCAAUGGCUACGCCCGACGUCUCCGCGGAACCAGUCUUGCGCGUGUUCAACAAUCACGUCCGCACACUUAGCGAGAAACUCAAGCGCAUCGGUGAAAUGGCAGAGUCAGUUUCAAAAGGGACAGAAGAGAGGGAGCAGGUGGGCAAAUGAGAUCGCCACUGAGCAAUGAAAUCAAAUCGAAAUCCGUCACUCCAAUCGGAUCUGUAAUAUUUGUGGAUUCGCAGCUAAGAAAAUAAUCUCUCUCAUGCGUUCUACUCGACCUUGUCUUCUCGGUAAAGUCACUCUACAGUGACUUCAUAGCUUACUACAACAGAUUAAUUAUCAAUAUGCAAGUUAUAUUGAUAAAAUGGAAGAAAGACUUAGUAUCAGUGAAAUUACACCGCUUACUACAGAAUGGACUUGCAAAGUCAAGGCUGUAGACAAAUUUCGGUCGCGAGACAACAGAGAUCAGCGAGUUCGUUUUCAGAUAAUAAUUGUCCAGGAUAUAAACGAGGAACAAAUUUGUGUGAUACUCUAUGGUGACGACAUUAGAUGAUGUGAUAACUUGUUCGAACUUUUUGAGACGUAUCUGAUUUCAACUGCCAAGGUUAGAAAUCCGCAACCUUAUUCAUUGCAUAUCGGCCAGUUUGAAUUGAUCGUCGACAGAUUCACUAUUGUGGAGUCUAUCCCAAAAAAUAAUGAAAAGGAGGCACCGUUACCUCCUCCGUCGAGACUGAGUACGAUUUCUUUCGUCGACGUUGAACAACAGCCUUCCGGUGAUGAAUUUGAUCUAUUAGCUGUGGUAGCAAACUGUGGGGCAAUGCAAAACACCGCUGAUCAGACUAAGAGAUUUCAAGAGGCCAUAGUUAUGGACAAAACAUGAGUCAUAUAAUCUUCUAUUACAUAACAAUAUUUCUAGCUGACACUUAUAAAAGUACAUGUAUAGGAAGAAACCUCUUUUCUUCACUAUAUGGAAAGACUUGGCAAGCAAUGAAGGAACCGAGUUACUGAGACAAGUGAGGCAACUGCAAGAAUAUCCUGUUAUUCUCGCGAAGCGGAUAGCUACCACAAAAUACCAUGGUGUUUCCCGUUUGGAAACAAGAUACAACUCGACAAUCUUAAUCAAUCCCCUAUAUGUGCAAGCAACUGAAUUAUGGAAUUGGGUAAAUGAGAACAAACAAAUGCUAAUCGAAUACACAGUGAAGAGUUCAGCAGAGUCAGCUUCAUCACUUAAUCUUGUAGCUGUUGACAAUGAAAUAUUAUCUGUUUCAGCUAUUGCUAUGCAAACCUCCACUGCGGAAACAUUUUACAUCGAAGGAGAAAUUUCGCUACCUGAGCAUUUCCAACGAUUUUAUCUGCUAGGUUGUUCGGAAUGUAACCAUCUUGUUCGGAGCAAAAUAAAAAGGGACGUUCAAUGCAUAAACUGCAGGCUGCCACGAAUGUUAAUUCUAAGGUGCCACUUUGAGGUAGAAAUUACAGAUAAAACUGGCACAACGACAACAGUGUUUGAAGGCUUGGCCGAAAGAACAUUGUCAAUGAGAGCUGAACAGAUAUAUGAUAUCAUCAGUGUUAAGAAUGAGUUAUUCCCUGUUGCUCAUAUCAAUCGACUACUUGCAGAUAAACUGUUCAGAGUUCAGCUACAAAGGUCAUCAUCCAGAACACCAGACAAAAAUGCAGGUUCUCUGGUCCUUUUAUCAUACACUGAAAAACCAACCAUGUUUCUAACAGAAGAGUCAACAUCUGUGGGUGGUGCCGAGAGAAUUAUGGAAGAAGAGUCAAUACUUGUGACUGAUGCGAAAGGAACUAAGAAACGAAAAAGGGAACCAAGUACUCUACCGAAGCCAAAGUCAAGGUUAGAAAUUCAAAUACCAUAUUUUACCAUGUACUAAUUUUCUUAAAAUGAAUAUUUUAUUUGUACAGAUUGUCGAGGCAGUGAUGUUCGCUCAGAUGGUAUGCGAUGUAUAGACACAUUUUGACAGAUCGUACCGAUCUUUUAACAAGGUUUAGAUAGUUGGCCGCCUUAACAAAGUUUUCCACAUUUUUUGCGUAAAUAGUUGUCAGUAGUGUGUGCCUAUGCUUGUGAAGGCAAUUGGUAUUAUUUUUUGGAUAUUGGAGCGGCCUCCAGAUGUUGUGCAAUGACAUCUUAUAAUUAGGAUCCAUAUACAUUUCCGAAAGUUUACUACGUUUAUCA